AUGUUUGGAACUUUCCUUGAUAUCACGGGCACAUUUGAUAAUGUGAAGUGGUCCCCGCUGAUAUCACAAAUGAACAAACUGGGCGCGUCUCUUGGGACAACCAGAAUGGUGAACUCGUACAUGCACAACAGAUGGGCCGACCUAAGCUUCGAAGGGAUUCACUACCGUCGAAGGCUCGACCGAGGGUGCCCCCAGGGGUCACAAUUAGGUCCAACCUUAUGGAAGGUGGCUAUGACCCCGAUAUUUGGAAAAAUCCCAAAAACGGUUACAACCAAAGUAGUAGCAUACGCAGACGAUAUCCUGCUCAUGAUCGGAGCCGCUAGACCGCGAACCGCAUUCAAUCGCAUUGUGAUGAAUCUAGAUAUCCUCACAGAUUGGGCCCGCAUGUUUGGCCUGGAAUUCUCGGCCAGCAAGAGCCAACUCUUAUCUCUUAAAGGUGGUCUUAAAGCCGGCUACAGCGUCAACUUUUACUCGAGAGAUGACGCUCCCAUGAUUGAGUCCACGGCCACUGCCAAAUACUUAGGAGUGUGUCUCGACUCCAGAAGGAGUUACUGGGAACACAAAACUAUCAGCGCCAAGUCAAAGGACAUGUACGGCCGCAUGAGAAGGCUCCGCUCCGCGAAUUGGGGCAUGGGUUAA